AUGUGUAUGCGCCUUGUGGGCACGAUGGGCUAUCCUUGUGCAGGCCUGCCAGCUUGCAAGCUGCAGCUCCGGCAAGACUCGCAGAACCAGGACCUGUUCUUCUUUGAGCCCAUGGACACUGUCAGCGCUGCAGCUGCCACAAGUGCUGGCGUGAACAGCAUGUUCUUCCUGGACCCCGAGGGCAGGCAGAUAGCUGAGCUGAAGAAGUGGCUGGACCUUGCCGAGGAUGAGUACUGUAUGGGGAGACCCAUCCGGCCGCUGUUCAUCAACGGUCUGGUCAAGACUGGCAAGUCCUACAUGCUCAAGGAGGUUCUGCCUGCUGUGGCCAACACCUACUACAGCAGCGGUGGCAGUGGCCAGCAGCACGCUGGCAUGGUGCUUUCAGAGCCCAACUUCCUGCACGUGAACUGCUUGGGCUGUGAUCGCAGCAGCGGCAUCAGUGGCUUUCUGGAGGCUUUCCUCAUUCGACUCAAGCGGAGCGCCGCCAAACAGCAGCUCUCUGCUGCCGCCAGCACACCUGCACCCAGCAACAACUCGGCUAAUGCCGUACAGGACGCCAUUCAAGACUUCAUGGAGCGCCUGCCACGGGACCGCCUGAACUUCCUGCUGGUUGACGAGGCGCAGAGUUUUUACCUGCUUGAGCGGGCCAUGCCCGGCAAAAAGUCGCCCGGCAAAAGUCCGCGGCGAAAAGUCGCUGUACGCGGCUCAACACUGGACAAGGAUGCAGUGCGGCACAUGCGGCGCAUCUUCAAGGAACUCCUGCUGGACAGCCCCCACUGGGUCGCCUGGGCCGUCACGGGCAGUUCCAUGGCGACGCUAUGGGCCAAUGUUGCAGUCACCCCGACGCCGCCGCAACCGCCGCCGCAACCGGCGCCGCUGCAAGCGGCUGAUGCGGUCGCAUGGGAGAAAGAAAAGCCGAAGCCCGGGUCACAAGAUCACGAAACGGAUGCCGGUGCGCGCUACGACGCCGUCAUGCGGCAGACACACGAGCCGGCCGGCGGUUGGGGCGUCCGAGACGUCAGGAUUAGGAACUCGCAUUCGGAUUGGCGGCAGCCGGCGGCGGCGGCGGCGGCGGCGGCGGCGCCAGCCGGUGAUCGCGGCCGUGCCGCCGCUGCACGAUGCCAUCAUCAACCCGGCUGGCCGCCGCAACCUCCGCAUCCUCGGCCUUCCACACGGACUCCUGGACCGGACGGAGGCACAUACGACAGCUUGUAUUACGGCAUGGGCGCUUGGGCUUGGAUUGCUAUACGUGCUGACAAUUAG